UCGGCCAGACCCGGCCCGGCGGCUUCCCCUCGACUCAGGCGGCUCGGGCCCCUGCUCUAUCUAGUCUACCCGGUAGAGCUAGCUAGCCCCCCUCCUUCCCAGACAGUCAGUUUUCUGUCUUGCUCAGUCUUGUUCUGACAGGGUUAUAAGAAAAUAUAGAUUUUAUAUCCAAAUCCUUUGUCGAACAUUUAUAAUGCAUAAUAAUUAUAUAGUGAACGUGAUCAAUUUAACUAUUAUCGUCUAUAAUGUGUUUUUCUAAAUGUUUGGAGUUUGUGCCUUUAUAUUAUGACCAUUUUACCAUGUUUCCACACCCUAGCGGGUGCCAAAUUCUUAUUUAUCAUAAACCUGACUCAAUGUUGCGUGAGCGGUAAACUGUUAACAAUGUUGUAAUCAAUAAUUGGAUAUUAUAUAUCUAGGUUUGUUUUGUUCUUCAUAAAUAAAAACAAUGAGAUUCCACCGAAGAUGUGGUGACAGAGUCACCCUAUUAAACGACAAUUCCACUGCCAUAAGAAAUUUUGUUGAAUUUAACCACGGGCUCAUCUUGAGCGCAGAGCCACUGAAAAAUGAUAUUAUGUUUGAAGUGUGCAUUGAUAGAAAGGUGAAUGUUUGGAAUGGUUCCCUAGAAAUUGGUGUGACAACAUUGGAUCCCGAGUACAUGGAAUUACCAGCUACAGCCACAAAACUCCGUAACACAGCAUGGAUAAUGUCAGGCAGCUCGAUAGUAAAAGAUGGGGUCACAUUGGUCAACUCGUAUGGUCCCGAACUAGAUACUCUUCGAGAAGGGGAUUGUCUUGGAGUUAUGAGAACUAAUAAGGCUGAGUUACUUUUUUAUAUAAAUGGUCGAUCACUUGGAGUAGCGGCAAAAGAUCUGCCUCUGAGGUUGUUUGCAGUCAUAGAUUUGUACGGUCAGUGUGUGCAAGUAUCAAUAGUUCAUGCUACAGGAAUGAGACCUAUAAUGGAAACAAGUUUAGAUCAGAUUGAAGAAGAUCCGAACAAUGAUGACACAUUGACGUCAAGCGGAAUGGACAUAGCUGGUCUGCCUCCUGAGAACUCUACCUACCCUAAAGAGACCACGGAUUUGUUCAUACCAAUACCUAUGGAAGGCGCUUGUUCUCUGGUGGCUCAAGAUCGUUUAAGAUUUCAUCCAAGAUGUGGAAUUCUAGUCAAAUUAUCUAAUUAUAAUAAGUCGGCGGAAAGGGCGCGCCCUUUAGACGAUUACAACAAUGGCGUGGUGAUGACGCAUAGACCUCUUUACGACUGCGAGCUGUUUGAGAUACGCAUCGAUAAGCUCGUCGACAAGUGGAGUGGCAGUAUUGAGGUCGGUGUUACCACUCACAAUCCUGCGACCAUAAGAUUUCCCUCCACAAUGACCAACAUGGACUCUGGUACUAUAAUGAUGUCAGGCUGCAAAGUCCUGGUGAAUGGCCACGGUACUUGCCUGGAGUAUGGAAACUUUAACCUGGAUGAACUUAGGGAAGGUGAUACAGUGGGAAUGAUGCGCAAGGAGGAUGGAAAAUUGCAUUAUUUCAUUAAUGGUAUCGACCAGGGUAUUGCUUCAGAGAAUGUAGACCAGCAAGUGUGGGGCGUUGUCGAUUUGUAUGGAAUGACAGUAAAGGUGUCCAUAGUAGAUCCAUGUGAAGAAUUGGACAGUAACAUACAAAGCGUCCCAAUUGAAGCAACACCUGAGGAACAGGCCUCCAAUCCCAUAAGACCGCAAAUAGACGAAGAGAGCCUUUUAUUUCAUUCGCUGCGUGAUUCGAAUGUUAUUAUUAUUAAUGAUGGUAAGACUGCUCAUAGGCCUAAUGCUUUCGAGUUCUUCAACAACGGAAUAGUGAUGACCAACCGCACCUUGAGAACUGGCGAGUUGUUCCAAGUUAGACUCGACCUGGUCAUCCCUAAAUGGGCCGGAAGCAUUGAGAUCGGGGUCACGCAGAAUACUUCGAAUGAUAUACAGAUACCUUUUAAAAUGAGCAACGCGAAAUCCGGUACUUGGGCCAUGACCGGAGAAGAUGUCAUUCACGAUGGCAUUGUUGUCAUCCCGCAAUACGUGAGAAACUUGAACAGACUUGUGGAAGGCGACACUGUUGGUGUGAUGCGUAAAGAUAUGGGAAUACUACAUUUCUUUGUGAAUGGGUUGGAUCAAGGGCCAGCCGCUUUCAACAUUCCAGAGCAAGUUUUUGGUAUUAUUGAUUUGUAUGGUCGUGUGGCGCAAGCUACCAUUGUGGACACUUACACACCGCCGCCUCCCGUCGUAUAUUCGCCGGAAUCAUCAUUAUCUACAGAGUCGAAUGCUACCAUUUAUCCAGAAAUGUGCUUCCACCGCGUGCACGGUCGCAACGCCCGGCUCAGCCGCAACCGACUGACGGCAACGCGCGCCACAGUUUACUCUGAAUUCAACGACGCGGUGUUGUUCAGUUCGAGGCCGUUGAGAGAAUGCGAUAUGUUUGAACUGAGAAUCGACAGGAUGGUGGAUUGCUGGAUCGGGAGUCUUGAAAUUGGUGUGACUGCCAUCCGCCCUGAAGAUUUAGAAUCGCACGGGGGCACGGGCACCGUCGCUGGCACCGCCACGGACCUAAACUGGGACACGUAUAUUCUCAGCGGUUCAGCGAUGAUGAAAGAUGGCGAAUGCGUUCGUAGUGGAUAUCCACUCGAUUUGGAUGGUCUUACAGCGGGAAGCCGUGUGGGUAUGAUGUGGCAUGCAGAUCGAAGCCUGCAUUACUACUUGGACGGCAUGGACAUGGGGAAAGCUUGGUAUGUCCCGCAUCUAAACAUUUACGCGGUUGUGGAUCUCUAUGGACAGUGCACACAGGUAACGAUACUACAGAACGAAGAAAGGGCUUUCAACUAUAACGGCUGUGCUAAUUCUGAUAACUCGCUAUUGAUUCACUCAAGAGCCCUGGCUUCACCACCGCCUCCGUAUUGGAGUUUCUCAGAAUACUGUGGAGACAACAUCUGCCUGUUGCACGACUAUUCCAUCGCCCGCCGUCGUUGGCCGGACCCCACUGGAGCCCUGGUGUUCAGCUCCGCGCAUCUUGCCAUUGGAGAAAUUUUUGAGAUCAAAAUUUUGGAAUGCUCGCUUGGAUAUGCUGGUAGUUUCAAAAUGGGGAUAACCGAUAUAAACAUUUUGAACGCGCACGUAAAUCGAAGUCUUCCGCCGUCCGUGAAGUUCCUUCCACAUUAUACAACUUACAUCGACGGUAAAUAUUUGAAGACAUCUCGCCCUGGCACCCUUGAGAAAGACAUCCGUUCAUUUUUGCCCACUUUGGAGUGGCUUCGGACCGGAGACCGCAUCGGCUUGAAGAAGACCAACGAUUCUCGAGUCCUUGUUUACUACAACUCGGAACUACUCGAUAUUUGCUUCAAGAAAGUUCCCGAUAAAGUGUAUGUGGUAAUGGAAAUGUACGGACCGGUGUGUAAAAUUCAAGCUGUUUCUAGAGCUGGAAACGUGGCUCAUGUUCUACCUGUUACCAUUCCCAACGAAGAGGUCAAACUACAACCAGUUGAAAACAACAUGAACAAUGCCACUCAAUCUGCCGCUACAAAUGUUGGGGAACAAGCAACCGAAGCCAAAGCCGGACAGGCCAAAGGCGAGACUGCCAAUUCAAAUACUGGACCUAAUGUUAGUGCCAACGCCGCAGAAGUCGCCCACACUGCUACAACUGCCGAAACUGUUCCUGCUCCAGUAGAAAAUGCUACGACAGUGUCUUUGGUCACUACUGAGUCCCGACGCAAACGACAUUCACUGCCAUACACGUUCCAUUAUGUGCACGGCAAGAAUAUCAAGCUUUGUAGUUCAGAUACUGUAGCGGUACGAACUACAGGGUACAAUCACGCGAUCGCAAUCGUUAGCCAGCCUUUGAGGAGGGGUCAUAAUUUCAGGUUUCGCGUAGACAAAGUGACUGAAGAAUGGAGCGGUAGUGUUCAACUUGGCGCGGUGGGCGCCCUUCCACACGAAGCGUUACCCGCCUGCGGAAUAUUUCUUGAGUGGCCAUGCUGGGUCAUCUCCGCCGACAUGCUGCUAAACAACGGCGUCUAUAGCCUCAGCACGAUGGCCGUCAUAUUCGACUCGCUGACGGAGCAACAAGUUCUCUCCAUACACUUCCGUUUCAACGGCGACCUGGUGCUAGACGUCGACGGCAACGUGCAGGGCGUCAUAGCCACGGUUCCCAGGAACUACAGUCAUGUCUUCCCGCUCAUUGAUCUCUAUGGACGAGUGCAACAGGUAUCUGUCCUACUUCACCCGUAUAUUGUCGUCAGUGGCGCCUCAUUCGAUCUACCAAUCAUAGCAGAAAAUGCCCGCGAAGAAUCCCUAGCCGAGUACGAGGUUGAAGAGGAACCUCCAACAUCUUCCCCGGAGCUCUACCCGCAAGACCCACGCGGCAAACGAAAGAACAAAUCUUACAGCCAAGAAAAUCUCUUUGACGACGUGUUCGACCCGAUCCCAGUUCAACCCGGCCCUAGUUCCUACUCCCAUUACUCACGACCAAUCCCAACUUAUCCCGAAAGACCUGAAGUGAGGUGCCGAAGAGUUUACCCUCACCGUCAACAGGCACUCCACCACAGUCUCAUCAUACCUGACAACAGAGACCAACCCGUGGAUAACAACGAUGUCGUCAAUAGAUGCAUACAAAAAAGUCACUCCACUCAUAAUUUCACAGUAAUGGGGGAAAUACUUCUAGAAGAUGAGAUAAGACAAGCUUUACAGCACACGCUCAGCUUAGACUCUCAGUUGGGAGACGACGAAGAUAUCGUGCUUCAUGAAGACUUUUGCGAUACUAAUAUUCGUCACAACGAUCGAUAUCCCGAAGCCAAUGAUGUGGAUAAUCUAGAUAACGAAAUAAUGGACGCGCUGACGUUAGAGACGGGGAAUUUGCCAGAUUUGACUGAAGAGCAGUCGUCGUCUAUAGACGAGUCUACUCGCCGUGAUGAUUUCUGGUCGGAAUCUUUGUCAGCUGAGAAUUUGAAUUAUUUGAAUCGCAUAUUGUGUUUGGAUCAAGAGGGUGUCGAGGGGCAGAGCUUGGAGUCGGAGUGGGAGGCUUCGGGGGAGGGUUGCGAGCAUUUGCACUUGGUGCUGAAGUACUGGAAUUUCCUGGUGCUGCCGUACCCGGAGUUGCGGCAAGCGGUUUCGUGGGGACAAGUGCGGUGUUAUUGCUCCAACUGCCAACCAGACGCCCAGCCGCCUCUCGCUGGCUGGGUCCGCAUUGAACGCAUCGACGGUGUGGGCGCUGCUCAGCGUGCAUUCUGGCAUGUCGUCCGCUCCACACUAGGCUCGAGCCAGGCGGCCGGCGUCCCCACGGGAGUGGUCAGGCGGCCGCGGUCUCUAGCUAUGGCUCCUAGCACGAGUCCCGUGUUUGAUAUAUGGUUUGACGAAGAGGGCAAACCUCAUCACACCGUGCUUGCCAUCGAGAUUGAUGUUGAGGGUAACGAGGCAGAGAAUGAUCGCUUGCUCGCAUUUCUGAUAUAUUUGAAGUCGCAUGUGGUCUUCGUGGAAGACAACCUACCGAGCUUAGAAGAUUAAGCAGUUUUUAUGAGAUCUGGUACUCGGAAACCCGACCAGACAGCGUAACGGAAAUAUAAUAACUGAUAGUAUUUGAUGCCGACAGCCUUUCGACCGCGCCAAUAAUUUGAGCUGGAACGUAGUUGAACUUUGAUUGUACCGCAUUUAUUUUUACGAUUUUACCAUCAUUUCAUUAUUAGAUUUUGAAAUUGAAACUACUCUAAGUUAUAAGCGCGAUCGAGAAGGAAAAUGUUACACAAAGAAUAAUUUUAAAGAACUUUUAGAACGAAUUUGCUUUAUCAGUUCAGUAGCUGCAAUAUUAUUUUUAGUGGCCUUUUUACAGGCUUGUGCAUUAUGUUUAAGGUGAACGAAUGCCUUGUUCCGUUUUGUUGUUUUCAGCUUCGGUCCGGUCAGGUAGCAUGUCUGCGGUUAUUUGUGCAAAUGAGCAUACAAAAUUUCAUAGCUUAAGUAUUACAGGAUUAAAAAUUAUAUAUUUUGUCACCCAAUCAUAUUAAUCUGUAUUUCAACAGAACAUUGUAUAAGCACAUGAAUUUAUUGGGUAUUUAUUCAAUUGCAAUGCUUCAUUAGUCUUUCAGCACUUUAUUUUAUGAUCUCAGUAUAUUAGGAUAAAUAAGUAUUGGUCAAGGAUAAUUACAAAAAUUAUUUUAUUAUUUAUUAAAAACGCUGCGUGUGAGUUUUACUAACUUUUAAACAAAGAAAAAUGUAUAUUUGAUCUUUUUACCCUAUAAAUGUAUAUUUGUCGUAUUUAUGAAAUAUAAAAUAGUACAUGAAUUGUAUAAUAAUGCUCACGCUGUAAGCGCGUAGUGGACUUGUGAUAUCGCACUCGUUCUUAGUUGUAAUAUUUUUGGAAGUGUCAUAUUGACAUGGGAUCGUGGCAGUUAUUUUAUGCAUAGAAAUCUGAAUGAGUUGGUAUUGCUUGCUUAUAUUUCUCACGUUUGUCUCACAUGUUAUCAUGAUAUUUAUGAUCAUAUGAAUCAGUGACAGAAAAUGUAGGUAAUCAGAAGUACCUAUGUUACGAGUUUUGUGUUUAAUCAUUGACACAAUAAUCUGGUUUGCUACGAGCCAAUUUAGUUGACAGAUAAAUUUUCAAACGAAGGCAGCUAAAAAGCGUGACUACGUACUCACUACAUUUACGACAGUCGAACACAGAAUAGUCGUUAAUGACUUAUAAAUAAAAAUAAUAAUAGUAAUGACAAAGUGCAGUGAUUAAUGAUGUCAGAAAACGUAUGGUUGGCGUGUUUAGUUUAAGUAGUACAACGAUCAGUUAAAGUUGUGAUCUGGACUGGGAAAGGUUAAGUUAGUGAAGGUAACUGGACAAUACGAUACAGCGAAUCAGCUGUUCAAAUAUUGACAAUUAAUGUUAUAAUGUAGUUUAUGUGUGAAUCUGAAUGUACAUUGUCAGUUAUCUUAAUAUUUAACAUUAAAUAUUGUUACUACAAUCUUCAAAAAUAAGCCCUUCCCUGCACCUUACUGUCGCAUAACAGAAUAAAAUAGCUCUUAAAAUGUCUACUACGCACCAACUCCGUUUUCGCGCUUCAGUUACAAUUAGACAUCUAAAUGUUAGAAGAAAAAUAAUAAAAAAUAAAAUAAAAAUUGUUUAAUUUUGGAUUCGAAAACACGUAUAAAAUUUUAAUAAAAUAGUUGUUCAGAAUAUUUGCUCUUUAUUAUGGCAAUCCUAAAUCGGAGUAAUAUAAGGCUUAAGAUUUAAAAAAAAAACUGUUAAUUAAUAAUAUGUGUGAUAAAUGUGGUUCCAAUUUUUAGAACAACACAUUUCGGCAACAUAUCAAAGUAAUGAUUGCAUGCAAUUUUAUCGAUGUUCCAAUGUGUUUUUAAAGCAGAUUCUGGAUGGUAACAAUUUUCUCUGAAUCGUAGUCUCUGUGUUCUGUGCUCACGUUGAUGAGGCAAAUUAAUGAGAAAAAAUUAUACAUGUUUUAAUGAAUGUUACAAUUAUUGUAAAACAGUAUUAUCGUAGCUUGAUGUUGUCGAAUGUUCGAGUUCUGUUGCAGGAUUAAGUAUAAUUUACUAAUUUAUGACUGAUUUUGUUUCUCACGACUGAUUACAGCGAAUAAGUUUAUUGAGAAAUGUUUUGUGUUGUAUUUUACUAUUAUUUUAAUUGUGGUUAUUAUUGUAUUUGCAUAUUCUUAUGGAACAUAAUAAACAAUUCA